GACUGGCUUGGAGCCCAAAGCGAGGUGUUCUGGAUCAAAGGCAAAGCAGGCUCGGGAAAGUCGACCCUCAUGAAGUUCUUGAGCAAUCAUCCUGAGACCUUAAACCAUCUGAGAGCAUGGGCCGGAAAUCAACAACUGAUUACUGCACGAUUCUUCUUCUGGAACUCUGGUACAGCGCUGCAAAAAUCUCAGACCGGUUUGCUUAGGUCGCUUCUCUUUGAGAUUCUGCGGCAGUGCCCGGAGGUUCUACAUUACGUCUGUAUGGUUCGAGCACGAUUCAAGGACCCAGAACUCAGGUGUUUGAAUCCGGGUUCAGAACACCUUCCGAGACAGUUGGAUCACCUUCUUGACGAGAGUUUAGAUUGGAGUCAUGAGGAGUUAGUUCAUGUAUACAAAUGUCUUGUUCAUACCAAGGCACAGUCGAAGUUCUGCUUCUUCAUAGACGGCCUCGACGAGUUCAAAGCAGAAGGCGCACAGGAUCACCGCGAACUUGUGAGCACCCUCCGGGAACUGGCAACCUGGCCUAACGUUAAACUUUGCUUGGCAAGUAGGCCCUGGACUGUCUUUGCGGAUGCCUUUACGUCUACCAAGUGGGUACUACAGUUAGAAGACUUGACUAAGCCAGACAUAUAUCGAUAUGUGUCCGACAAAUUUAUGAAGCACGAUCAGUACCAGAAACUUCUGAAAGCACGCCCAGGCUACUCGGACCUCAUUGGUGAAGUCGUCAGAAAGGUACAAGGGGUAUUCCUCUGGGUUUUCCUUGUUGUUCGUGAUCUUCUCGAUGGUCUCACAUACAAUGACCCAAUAAAGACUAUGCACCUCCGACUUAACCAAUUUCCAGACGACCUUGAAAGUUACUUCCAGCACAUGAUUGACUCCAUACCGAAGUUCUAUCGCAAAGAAACUGCUCAAGUGUUUCAGAUUGCUCUGUCCAGAGAGGAGCCGUUGUCAUUGAUAACUUACGCAUUCGUUGACGAUCUUGCAGAGGACCCAAACCUAGGUCUCGCGGGAGGUGAUAUUGAGCUCACAUCCUCUGCCAUCGAUGACAAGUAA